AUGGGUGAGGAGCAGCUGUGCUCGGCGUCUGGUGAGCGUUGGGCGCUCUUGGGGUCUGCUGGGCAGAACAGACUCUCGGCCAGGCAGAUGGCUUCUCGGUGGCCGGCCGUGGGGGCCUCCAUGCGUCGGAGGUCCCUACAGAACCAGGGGCAGCUGCAGGAGAGCGAGGCCCUACAGCCUGCAGUUGGCCACCCAGACACCUCCAGCGGGGCCCUGGACUCCCUGUGCAGACAGUUCCAAAGGAGGCUGCCCCUGAGAGCAGUCAGCCUCAACCUCAGGGCGGGCCCCUCCUGGAAACCCCUGGAAACCCCACAGCCAGGACAGCAGGGCCUCCAGGCUGCAGCUCGCUCGGCUAAGAACGCCUUGGGUGCCGUGUCCCAGAGAAUCCAGGAGUCCUGCCAAAGUGGUACCAAGUGGCUGGUGGAAACCCAGGUGAAAGCCAGGAGGAGGAAGAGGGGGGCACAGAAGGGCAGUGGCCCCCCAGCUCGCAGCCCGAGCCACAGAAGCACCCGGCUAUCAGUGGCUGCCCCUGCCCGCUCAACCCUGGACCCCCGGGAGAGGGCGAAUCGCCGCCUCUCCACCCAGAUGGGCCCGCACGCCCACCCUCGGCGGCGGUCCAGGAGGGAGGCUGCCUUCCGGAGCCCCUACUCCUCAGCAGAGCCCCUCUGCUCCCCCAGCGAGUCUGACAGUGACCUAGAGCCCGUGGGGGCAGGAAUCCAGCAUCUCCAGAAGCUGUCCCAAGAGCUGGAUGAGGCCAUCAUAGCCGAGGAGAGUGGCGACAUGACUGUUUCUCUCAUUCAUGACUGA